GAUGGAUGUUUUUUAUGAGUUCUCUGAAUAGGAUUUAUAUAUAUAUAUAUAAAACUCAAAUGAGCACUUGUUGUUUUGGGCUGUUUGAUAAAUGUUUAUGUCUCUUGAUUCUUGGAUGAUAUCUUCGUGGUUCCAUACUAACGCCUGAAACGUGACCGUCCGGGUGUAAACAAGAAGUCGAUGGUCUCCCUCUGCAGUCGGUCGCUUAGCAACAGAAACUCAUCUGGAGGAGGAGCAGCGACGGUGAAGAGUCUGCGAAGGGACGACAGCGACGAGGUGGAACUGUUCCUGACAGGAAGUGUCAGCGACGCUCGAGUCGUGACUGAUAACGGGACCAGCAGCGUUGAGCCAGUGCUCUGAGCUGCGUUCACUUCACUGAUGUCUGACUUUCACUGUGUUUGUCUCAAAGUUAAAGCUGCAGACGAAGAGAGAGGACACUGGAGGAAGAGGAACUGUCUCCACGUGGAGCCACCAGCAUGGAGGCAGAUCCAGUCCAAGCAGCAGCAGCGUCCUCGUGUCCCGGUCGACUCUCCCUAAAGAGCAACGCGUCCAUGGGUCUCCCUGAAAACUUCCGAGGAGCAGAGGUUCCUGCCAGUGAAGGAGUCCAACCAGCAGCAGCAGCAGCGUCCUCGUGUCCCGGUCGACUCUCCCUGAAGAGCGACGCCUCCAUGGGUCUUCCUGAAAACUUCCGUGGAGCAGAGGUCCCUGCCGGUGAAGGAUGCAGACAGUCAAGAGACUCCAGUGACCAGAACCGCCUGAAUCAGAACCUGGACCAGAAGGAUUUUGAAGACAAACUUUGUGAAUUCAUGAAAUCCAACGUGAGACGCUGUUGGAAGGUUUUCGGUCCGAGCGGGGAGUAUGAGGACGAUGGAGAAAAGGUGCUGGAUGAUGAACUGAUUCCGUCAGAAGCUGCGGCCAAAGAAGCGUUUCUGCAGAUCGCCCUCCAUGUUUUGAGGACCAUGAAAAUGGACGCACACGUCGCCAUCCUCGAGCAAAGGUUUUAUGGCGAACUCGUUAUGUAUCAGCGGAAACUUAAAUCCAGUAUGAGAGUGAGAUAUGAGCACGUGGCUGAAGGGAUAGCAAGUCAAGGGAAUGCGACAACCUUCAAUAAGAUCUACACGGAGCUCUACGUCCUGGAUGGAGACAUGAGAGAAAUCAACAGUCAACAUGAAGUGAGACAAAUAGAGACGGCCGUCAACCGACCAAAGUCUGUAGAAAGGCCAAUCAAGUGUGAAGACAUCUUCAAGCCCUUACCCAAACAUGGCACCCGAAUCAGAACGGUGCUCACCCAGGGGAUAGCCGGCAUCGGUAAAACAAUGUUGGCACAGAAGUUCAUGCUGGACUGGGCAGAGGAGAAGGCCAAUCAAGACAUCCAGCUCCUGUUUUCACUUCCCUUCAGGGAGCUGAAUCUGCUCCGAAGCAAAAGAACAAGUUUGAUGGAGCUUUUGUACGACUUCUCUCCAGACCUGAGAGAAUCUGGGAUCAAAGACCUGAAUAACUACAGAGUUCUGUUCGUACUGGACGGUCUCGACGAAUGCCGACUCCAUCUGGAUUUCCAGGGAUAUGAGAGAUGCUGUGAUGCUACGCAGUCUGCCUCAGUGGACGUGCUGCUGAUGAACGUCAUCGCGGGUGAUCUGCUACCGAAAGCUAAUCUGUGGAUAACCACCAGACCUGCUGCAGCCGGCGGUAUCCCUCCACAGUUUGUUGACCGGGUGACUGAGAUACAAGGCUUCAGUGACCCGCAGAAAGAGAGCUACUUCCGCAAGAAGAUUGAUGAUGAAAACUUGGCCAAAAGAGUAGUCGCUCACAUAAAGUCAACCAGAAGUCUCUACAUAAUGUGUCAUGUGCCAGUGUUUUGCUGGAUUUCCUCUAUUGUCCUGGGAAAAAUGUUUGCCCAAGUAGGAGGAGGAAAAAUGCCAAAGACCUUGACACAUAUGUACAUCCACUUUGUGGCAUAUCAGACCACACUGAUGCAUGUCAAGUACCGAGAGGAGCAACAACUGGACUCCCAAGGGAAUAACAAGGUGAUCAUGUCACUUGGGAAGUUGGCCUUCCAGCAACAGGAAAAAGGCAACCUGAUCUUCUACGAGGAGGAUCUGACAGAAUGUGGCAUCGAUGUCAAAGAAGCGUCUGUCUACUCAGGCGUGUGCACUCAAGUCUUCAGGGAAGAGUCCUGGAUGCAGCAUAAAGUCUUCUGCUUUGUUCAUCUGUCUGUCCAAGAGUUUCUCGCAGCUUUGUACGUACAUGUGAUGUACAAGGUCAGUGGUAUCAACCUGAUGAUCGAAGAACCCGGCGCAACCGCCAAAACAAAGCCUGAAUCCGAACUGCACAAAGCUGCCGUGGACAAAGCUCUGCAGAGCGACAACGGCCACCUGGAUCUCUUCCUGCGCUUCCUCCUCGGACUGUCCCUGGAGUCUGGUCAGGGUUUGCUCAGAGGCCUGAAGAUAAAGGUAGAAACCUGCAACUCUCAGAGUCACACGGAAACCAUCAAGUACAUCAAAGAGAAGAUCCGGCAGACUCCUCACACUGACAGGUGUAUAAACCUCUUCCACUGUCUGAGCGAGUUGAACGACGACUCUCUGCUGGAGGAGAUCCAGGGCUACAUGGACUCCGACCGAGACUCGGCGAUGGACGAGUGCUCUGCUGCUCAGUGGGCCGCUCUGGUCUUUGUGUUGCUGACCUCACAGGAGCAGCUGGAGCUGUUCGAACUGAAAAGGUUCUCCAGGAAGGAAGAAGGUCUUCAGAGGCUCCUACCGGUCCUCAAAGCGUCCAGAUCAGCAAGGCUGAACGAUUGUCGACUGACUGCGAACUGCUGUGAGUCUCUGUCCUCUGCUGUCAGCUCCGCCUCCUCAGAUCUGUGUGAUCUAAACCUCAGUGACAACAGUUUACACGACGCCGGCGUCGAGCUGCUCUGCACUGGACUGCAGAGUCCACACUGCAGACUGAAGACACUGACUCUCAACAGAUGCGGUCUGACCCAGAGAAGCUGCGUCGGUCUGGCCUCAGUCCUGAGCUCCCCCUCGUCACACCUGCAGGAACUCGACCUGAGCGACAACGACAUUGAAGACUCGGGUGUCCAGCUGCUCUGCGCCGGACUGAGGAACGUGUCCUGCAAACUGGAAAUCCUCAGGUUGUCGUUCUGCUCCGUUACGGAGAAAGGUUGUGUUUUCUUGGCCUCGGCAGUUAAGUCCAACCCGUCGCACCUGAGAGAGCUGGACCUGAGCUACAAUCACCUGGGAGAGUCCGGUGUGCCGCUCGUCUCUGAGGCUCUGGAGGAAGGAGGAUGUGAAUUCACUAAACUCAGAGUCGACCACAACGAGGAAUGCUGGUUAAAACCUGGACUGUCAAAGUAUGCCUGUGAGCUCACGGUGGACCUGAACACAGCCCACAAACUCCUCAUCAUCUCCGACGGGAACCGGAGGGUCACCCAGGGCCGAGAGGAGCAGCCGUACCCCGACCACCCCGACAGGUUCGACUACUGGACCCAGGUGCUGUUCCAGCAGGGCCUGACCGGCCGCUGUUACUGGGAGGUGGAGUGGGAAGGGAACUGGGCCGGGAUCGGAGUGACCUACAGGGGAAUCGGUCGCAAGGGCGUGGCCAACGACUGUGUGAUGGGAUACAAUGGGGUUUCCUGGGGUCUGCACUGUUCCGCUCACGGCUACGCUGCGUACCACAACAUCAAGAGCAUCGCCGUUUCGGUUCCUUCCUCGGGCUGCCACAGGGUGGCGGUGUAUCUGGACUGGGAGGCAGGCGUCCUGUCCUUCUACAGAGUUUCCUCUGGACGGUCACUGACACACCUGCACACCUUCUACACCACGUUCACUGAGCCUCUGCACCCGGGGUUCCGGGUCUGGGACUACGGCUCCUCCGUCGCGCUGAGUCCGCCGUUGUAGCUUGCUGUGCCUUUGAAGACACACACACCUUUGUUUUUCUCUGGGAAGGUCGUUUCUGUCUCUUGUCAAAGUCGGUGCGGCAGUUUCGCUCAACCAAGUUAUGACCACUGUGCUUCAUCUGGUCCGAACUAGAGCCGUCACAUUCUCAGAUUCUCUCUAAACGAUAUAAUCUAACUAUAAAGCGAGGGAUGUCUGGAGAUUGUUAUUGAAGCGGGAACCAGAUAGUUACUGCAUCACCACGUAAAGAAAUGGAAAUCAUUCAGGAGAUGCUGGAUUGAUUAUUAGCACGAUAUCAAUAAUUCGGGAUAUUCUGACACCCCGAGUCUGAAUCUGUGUAAAAUCUCAUUAACUCAAGAAAUACAAUGAGUUAAACUGAAAUGAGAAAAGUUAGAACCGAGCACUGUUCCACUGAAACAGAAAUCAAACGGUUUACUCUCUCUCCCCCUGUUGGACACUCUGUCACUGUUUUUAUUCAAAAUUCGAUUUAUUUAAUAAAUAAAUAAAUACAUUUUAUUAAUAGUGCUCUUUUCAUCAAAAGAUCUCAAAGGGCUACAGGUUAAAAGCGGAUGACAUCCGGAGGUCGUUUGUAACUUUUACGAGUGCAGUUUCUGUGCUGCGGAAACCGCACUGGAAUUUUUCGUAGAGGUUGUUGAGUUUGAGGUGGUUUUGCAGGUGGGUGGCAACUGCUUUCUCAAGUACUUUUGAUAUGAAAGGGAGAUUGGAGAUGGGCCUGUAGUUUGAUAGGACUUCAGUUUUUUGAGCAGUGGUCUGAUUAUGGCUUUCUUUAAGACGAGGGGACGUGACCAGUUUGGAGCGAGUGAUUUAUAACAGAGGUGAUCAAAAAAUUGUAAAUAAUGAUGCCGCCAUGACAACACCAGCCCAGUUCAUCCAUCCACUUUCCAAGGUCAAAGAUUUCACUCACUGAUUAUGACCAUAUGUUUUUCUGACAAAUGUGCGGAUGUCUCGUGUCAAAGGUCAAAGGUCAGCGCCACUGUGGAACAGGCGGGUAAAGUGUGACGUCAUUUCCUCUUCUGUUGCUCAUACAUGUUCAUGUACUUGCUGUAGCUGUAGUUUUCAUUCGGGAGUUUGGGUAAAAUACAAUGGAGUGUAUUUGUAUUAAAAUCGUCUCCAUGUUUGACAAAAAAAA